CGCCGGCCGGCUCCUGCAGGGAGUGUUCCCUCAGCCGGCUGGCGGAGCGGGCGGCGCCAGAUCUGGCCGAGCUGGGCCAAAGGAAGGCGGAGGGGCCGAAGACGGGCGGCGCCAGGUCUGACCACCGGGAGGAAACAUGCCUUCUGAGUCUUUCUGUUUGGCUGCCCAGUCUCGACUUGACUCCAAAUGGCUGAAAACCGAUAUCCAGCUUGCAUUCACAAGAGAUGGACUCUGUGGUCUGUGGAAUGAAAUGGUUAAAGAUGGGGAAAUUGUAUACACUGGAACAGAAUUAACACAAAAUAGGGAACUUCCUUCUAGAAAAGAUGAUGGUGUUGAUACUCAGAGUGGAACCAAGAAAGAAGAUCUUAAUGACAAAGAGAAGAAGGAGGAAGAGGAGACACCUGCACCUGUGUGUAGAGCCAAAUCAAUCCUGGAGAGUUGGGUGUGGGGCAAGCAGCCAGAUGUGAAUGAACUGAAGGAGUGUCUUUCUGUGCUGGUUAAAGAACAGCAAGCCCUGGCUGUUCAGUCAGCUACCACUACACUCUCAGCCUUGAGGUUGAAGCAGAGGCUGGUGAUCCUUGAGCGCUAUUUCAUUGCCUUGAACAGAACUGUUUUCCAGGAGAAUGUCAAAGUUAAGUGGAAAAGCAGCAGCAUUUCUGUCCCUCCCACGGAGAAGAAAAGUGCCCGUCCCACAGGCAGAGGUGUAGAAGGACUUGCCAGAGUCGGAUCCCGAGCAGCACUCUCGUUUGCCUUUGCUUUCUUACGGAGGGCCUGGCGUUCAGGUGAGGAUGCGGAUCUCUGCAGUGAGCUCUUGCAGGAGUCCCUGGAUGCCCUUCGAGCUCUUCCUGAAGCCUCCCUCUUUGAUGAGAGCACAGUAUCCUCAGUGUGGUUGGAGGUGGUAGAGAGAGCAACCAGGUUCCUCAGGUCUGUCGUGACUGGGGAUGUUCAUGGAACACCAGGGACCAAGGGGCCAGGAGGAGUUCCUCUACAGGACCAGCACUUGGCUUUGGCCAUUCUACUGGAGUUAGCUGUCCAGAGAGGCACACUUAGCCAAAUGUUGUCUGCUAUCCUGUUGUUGCUUCAGCUGUGGGACAGUGGGGCACAGGAAACUGACAAUGAGCGGUCUGCCCAGGGCACCAGUGCUCCUCUUUUGCCUCUGCUACAGCGGUUCCAGAGCAUCAUCUGCAGUAAGGACAUGCCACACACAGAGAGCGACAUGCAUCUUUUAUCUGGCCCUCUAAGCCCCAAUGAGAGUUUCCUAAGGUACCUUACUCUUCCACAAGACAAUGAACUUGCCAUUGAUUUACGACAAACUGCAGUUGUUGUCAUGGCUCAUUUAGACCGUCUGGCUACACCCUGUAUGCCUCCUCUGUGUAGCUCUCCAACAUCUCAUAAGGGAUCAUUGCAGGAAGUCAUAGGUUGGGGGUUAAUAGGAUGGAAAUACUAUGCCAACGUGAUUGGUCCAAUCCAGUGUGAAGGCCUUGCCAGUCUUGGGGUAAUGCAGGUGGCCUGUGCAGAAAAACGCUUCUUGAUCCUGUCCCGCAACGGCCGUGUAUACACACAGGCUUACAACAGUGACAUGCUGGCUCCACAGCUGGUCCAGGGUCUUGCUUCCAGAAACAUUGUGAAAAUUGCUGCCCAUUCUGAUGGUCACCACUAUCUGGCUUUGGCUGCCACAGGGGAGGUGUACUCCUGGGGCUGUGGGGAUGGCGGAAGGCUGGGCCAUGGGGACACAGUGCCUCUGGAGGAGCCCAAGGUGAUCUCGGCUUUCUCAGGAAAGCAGGCUGGGAAGCACGUGGUGCACAUAGCCUGUGGGAGCACAUACAGCGCGGCCAUCACUGCAGAGGGGGAGCUGUACACUUGGGGCCGUGGGAACUACGGCCGCUUGGGUCAUGGCUCCAGUGAAGAUGAGGCCAUUCCAAUGCUGGUGGCUGGACUCAAAGGACUAAAGGUCAUCGAUGUUGCAUGUGGGAGUGGGGAUGCUCAAACCCUGGCCGUGACUGAGAACGGCCAAGUGUGGUCUUGGGGAGAUGGUGACUAUGGGAAGUUGGGUAGAGGUGGAAGUGAUGGCUGCAAAACCCCAAAGCUGAUUGAAAAACUUCAAGACUUAGAUGUCAUCAAAGUGCGAUGUGGAAGUCAGUUUUCUAUUGCUUUGACAAAAGAUGGCCAAGUUUAUUCAUGGGGAAAAGGUGACAAUCAGAGGCUUGGGCAUGGAACAGAAGAACAUGUCCGUUAUCCCAAACUCUUGGAAGGUUUGCAAGGGAAGAAGGUGAUUGAUGUGGCUGCAGGCUCCACUCACUGCCUUGCUCUGACAGAAGACAGUGAGGUGCACAGCUGGGGGAGCAAUGAUCAGUGUCAGCACUUUGACACUCUCCGUGUCACCAAGCCAGAACCUACUGCCCUACCAGGACUGGACACCAAACACAUAGUUGGAAUUGCUUGUGGGCCUGCCCAGAGCUUUGCAUGGUCAUCUUGUUCUGAGUGGUCCAUUGGCCUUCGUGUCCCUUUUGUAGUGGACAUCUGCUCAAUGACUUUUGAGCAGCUGGAUCUCCUGCUGCGGCAAGUCAGCGAGGGAAUGGACGGCACUGCUGACUGGCCCCCACCACAAGAGAAAGAGUGCAUGGCUGUGGCAACGCUGAAUCUUCUGCGACUGCAGUUGCAUGCUGCCAUUAGUCACCAGGUUGACCCAGAAUUCCUUGGUUUAGGUCUGGGCAGUGUGCUCCUGAACAGCCUGAAGCAGACAGUGGUGACCCUGGCCAGCAGUGCAGGAGUGCUGAGCACUGUGCAGUCAGCUGCACAGGCUGUACUACAGAGCGGCUGGUCUGUGCUGCUGCCCACAGCUGAGGAGCGGGCCAGGGCGCUCUCAGCACUCUUGCCCUGCACAGUUUCAGGCAAUGAAGUGAACCUAAGUCCAGGCCGUCGGUUCAUGAUUGAUCUUUUAGUUGGCAGCUUGAUGGCUGAUGGAGGGUUAGAGUCAGCUUUAAAUGCAGCCAUUACGGCAGAAAUUCAGGAUAUAGAAGCCAAAAAAGAAGCACAGAAGGAAAAAGAAAUCGAUGAGCAAGAAGCCAAUGCAUCCACAUUUCAUAGAAGUAGGACUCCUUUGGAUAAAGACCUAAUUAAUACUGGGAUCUAUGAAUCGUCUGGCAAACAGUGUUUGCCUCUAGUUCAACUCAUACAGCAGCUUCUUAGAAACAUUGCUUCUCAGACUGUAGCCAGACUGAAAGACGUUGCCCGCCGCAUUUCCUCGUGUCUGGACUUUGAGCAGCAUAGUUGUGAGAGAUCGGCUUCACUGGAUCUGUUACUGCGCUUUCAGCGCCUGCUCAUCAGUAAACUUUAUCCAGGAGAAAAUAUUGGUCCAAUCUCAGAUACUUCCAGUCCUGAGCUAAUGGGUGUUGGCUCUUUGCUGAAAAAAUACACAGCCCUUGUAUGCACACACAUUGGAGACAUAUUGCCUGUGGCUGCCAGCAUAGCUUCUAGCAGCUGGCAGCACUUUGCAGAAGUUGCUUGUGUAAUGGAAGGAGACUUUACAGGUGUCCUCCUUCCAGAGCUAGUGGUCUCCAUAGUGCUUCUGCUCAGUAAAAAUGCUAGUCUAAUGCAAGAGGCUGGAGCUAUACCUCUGCUUGGCGGUCUCUUAGAGCACCUGGAUCGUUUCAACCACUUAGCACCAGGAAAGGAGAGGGAUGAUCAUGAAGAGUUGGCCUGGCCUGGAAUUAUGGAGUCAUUUUUCACUGGUCAGAACUGUAGAAACAAUGAGGAGGUGACUCUGAUACGCAAAGCUGAUUUGGAGAACCACAAUAAAGAUGGUGGCUUCUGGACUGUAAUUGAUGGAAAAGUAUAUGACAUAAAAGACUUUCAGACACAGUCAUUGACAGGAAAUAGUAUACUGGCUCAGUUUGCAGGGGAAGAUCCAGUGGUAGCUUUGGAAGCAGCUUUGCAGUUUGAAGACACACAGGAAUCCAUGCAUGCCUUCUGUGUUGGCCAGUAUUUGGAGCCUGACCAAGAAGUUGUUACCAUACCAGAUCUUGGAAGUUUGUCUUCACCUCUGAUUGACACCGAGAGGAACCUGGGCCUACUUCUUGGAUUGCAUGCUUCCUAUUUAGCAAUGAGCACACCACUAUCUCCUGUAGAGGUUGAAUGUGCUAAGUGGCUGCAGUCAUCGAUUUUCUCUGGGGGUCUGCAGACCAGCCAAAUUCACUACAGCUACAAUGAAGAAAAAGAUGAGGACCACUGUAGCUCUCCUGGGGGCACACCCAUCAGCAAAUCCCGACUGUGUUCUCACAGAUGGGCCUUGGGUGAUCAUUCUCAGGCAUUCCUGCAAGCAAUCGCAGACAAUAACAUCCAGGACUACAAUGUGAAGGACUUUCUGUGUCAAAUUGAAAGGUACUGUAGACAGUGCCACUUGACCACACCAAUCACGUUUCCUCCUGAGCAUCCCGUGGAAGAGGUUGGCCGUCUUCUGUUAUGCUGCCUCCUAAAACAUGAAGAUUUAGGUCACGUGGCAUUAUCUUUAGUUCAUGUAGGUACACUUGGUAUUGAGCAAGUAAAGCACAGAACAUUGCCUAAAUCUGUGGUGGAUGUGUGUAGAGUCGUCUACCAAGCAAAAUGCUCACUCAUUAAGACUCAUCAAGAACAGGGCCGUUCCUACAAGGAGGUGUGUGCUCCUGUCAUUGAACGCUUGAGAUUUCUCUUCAAUGAAUUGAGGCCUGCUGUUUGUAGUGACCUCUCUAUAAUGUCUAAGUUUAAGCUGUUAGGCUCAUUACCCCGUUGGAGGAGGAUAGCUCAGAAGAUCAUUCGAGAAAGAAGGAAAAAGAGAGUUCCUAAGAAACCAGAAUCUACUGAUGGUGAAGAAAAAAUUGGAAAUGAAGAGAGUGACUUAGAAGAAGCGUGUGUUUUGCCUCAUAGUCCUAUAAAUGUAGACAAAAGACCCAUUUCCAUGAAGUCUCCCAAGGAUAAAUGGCAACCAUUGUUGAAUACAGUUACAGGGGUUCAUAAAUAUAAAUGGUUAAAGCAAAAUGUGCAGGGCCUUUACCCACAGUCUGCACUCCUCAAUACAAUUGUUGAAUUUGCCCUUAAAGAAGAGCCAGUAGAUGUGGAAAAAAUGCGGAAGUGCCUACUAAAACAGUUGGAGAGAGCAGAGGUUCGUCUGGAAGGAAUAGAUACAAUUCUGAAACUGGCAGCCAAAAGUUUUUUACUUCCUUCUGUGCAGUAUGCUAUGUUUUGUGGAUGGCAAAGACUUAUUCCUGAAGGAAUCGAUAUAGGGGAACCACUUACAGACUGUUUGCGAGAUGUGGAUUUGAUCCCACCAUUUAAUCGGAUGUUGCUGGAAGUGACUUUUGGCAAGCUGUAUGCUUGGGCAGUUCAGAAUAUUCGCUCUGUUCUGAUGGAUGCAAGUGCCAAGUUUAAAGAGCUGGGUAUCCAGCCUGUUCCCCUACAAACCAUUACCAAUGAGAACCCGGCGGGACCGAGUCUGGGUACCAUCCCACAAGCUCGAUUUCUUCUGGUGAUGCUCAGCAUGCUCACCCUGCAGCAUGGUGCAAACAACCUUGACCUCCUGCUCAACUCAGGCACUUUGGCACUCACACAGACAGCCCUAAGGCUGAUCG